UACUUUUAGAUUCAUGUUGACAAUGGCGGGUCGCAUGCUCAACUCGAAGGCUACUACAACAAGGAAGUGAUACCAUGCCGAUAGGAAGGUAGCACAGUCAUGGGGGAUUUCUCGUGGAAAGCAGCCAGGAGGAAAUACGGCGUUGUUGUGUACAACUACACAACUGGUGAUGUGAAGGGUUGUCUCCCCUUGGAAAUCGGAGAAUGCGUCCACAUCCUGGAAGAGUACUGUACAGGAUCGGGAGCUGACCGGAAAGCAACAUGGUAUCGAGGCUACUCCUUCCACAACCGGAAAGCCAAGGGCAUAUUUCCGGCAUCAUUCGUCCACCUGAAAGAAUGCAAAGUAGAAAACGAGGGCCCCUACGAGAGUGUGAUUCCCAUAGAGGAUGCGAUUAUCAAGGAGGUGACCUUCGUGUUGCGAGAAUGGAAUCUCAUCUGGAAGCAACUCUUUGUGGAAGACAACAGGCUGUUCAGGACAAUCAACACCGUCAUUGUAGACCUCAUGAGCUUCCGGUGCCAACUUCUUGCCAAUACUCUGACCAAUGACCAGUCCCGAGACAUGAAAGAACAGAUCAUCUCCCGAAUAGACUGGGGCAAUGGGAAGCUUGGUUUGGACCUGGUCCCACGUCGAGAAGGGAAGCAAGUUGACCCGGACAACUGCAGCUUCAUCGAGCUGUACAGACUACACUGUCAGAGCAUGGAGGCAAGCAAGGGAACCAGUCCUCGCAAACAGACUAUGAGAGACAAGGUGCGGAGUAGUCGGGAGAAGGUGGCGUCAUCUAUGUCUCAUCUUGUGGUCAACUUCAAGUCACUUGCUUGCAAUGUUGGUGACGAAUCGGAGACCUACUUCUCCCUGUUUGACAGCAGCACCAGCAAGUUCAUCAGUGAGAAGUUCUUGGUUCGGAACACUAACAAGGGUAUGCCUGUCAACAUGGACAAACUUCACAACUAUAGGGGGAUCUUCAUGGACCUGAAUGAAGCAGAUUUGGAAAGAGAUCUCUAUUUGGUGGCUCAAAUAUUCCGAUCAGGUCGGAUGCUCCAGGAAUCAUCCAGCAAGAAGAUCCCCAAGUUCCGUUACCGCCGACCGUGGGGAACCGCAGUGUUAUUCCUCAAGGAUGUCUUUGCAUUGAAACGUGAAGAGGAGCUUGACUUUCACAUGAAGGUCCAGAGUUGUGUGGAGAGUGAGUCUUCCUUUCCAAACCUCCACGAGACAUUGAUCAAGAAACAGAGCAUGAUAAUUGGAAAAGGUUUCACCGCCACUGAGAAAGACAAGCAAUCAAUAGGUAUUGCUGUCUCUCUGAAGUUGUUCCAUGGAGACCUGACCACCGUCAAGCCGGAACAACCCAUGAUGUUCAGCAAGGGUGUCACAGUGGUACAGAAAAUUGGCUUCUCAGACUCCAUAAACCCAGGUGAAGUACGGAAUGACCUUUACCUGACCCUGGUCAACAGCGAGUUUGAUCGAGGCAGUAAGAAAGCAGCCAAGAAUGUGGAGGUCACGGUUACAGUGUAUGACAGCAAUGGUGACCUGAUACCGGAGUGCAUAACAGGUGGAUGUGGGGAAGAUGCUGUCACCAAAUACUUCUCCUCCAUCUUCUACCACAACAACAACCCCAAGUGGAACGAUACUAUACGUCUGUCCAUUCCAAUAGACAAAUUCCAGUGUGCUCAUAUACGAUUUGAAUUUUGCCAUUGCUCCACUAGGGACAAGACUGAAAAGCAGCUGUAUGGUUUCGCCUUUCUUCCUCUCAAUCCUUAUGACUCUGCCACUCAAGCAGAUGGCACACACGCCCUGUGUAUAUAUAAGUGUGACACUGCAAGCAAAAUCAAGAACUAUUUGAAAUUCCCAUCAUUCCAAGAUGACUUUAGUGACCCGAAAGUAACGGCCAAUUUGCCCAACCAGCUUCCGUAUAGUCGCAGCAGCAAGGAGUACCUCACUGUGACAACAUUCCUCUGUUCAACCAAGUUCACCCAGCAAGCGGACCUUGUCGGCGUAUUCCAGUCCAGUAGUAGACAAGAGUGCAUUGAGCAGAGUCUGCGCAAUCUUAUUAACCUCCGUGGCCAGGAGGUUGUCAGGUACUUGCAGGACAUCCUGGACUCCUUGUUCUACAUGGUCGGAAACUCCAGCAGUGAAGGGGAGCGCUUCAAACACUCCGCAGAAGUCUUUCAUGCCUUAGUCCAUAUAUUCAACCUGCUGCAGGACAGCAAGUUUGAGAAGUUUCUUUGUGUGCUAGAAGCCUAUCUGGAGGAGAACUUUUCCUACCCCCUUGUGUAUCGAGAUCUUCUUAUUUGCCUUCAAGAGAAGUCGGAGCUUGCAGUCAGCUGUGCUGACUUUGACAAGGAAUAUACUGUGGAAAAUGUUUUUCAGGUGCUAGAACAGAUUUUCAGGUUUAUAGAGAAGUCCUACAAGCUGUUCCAGGGACAAUAUGGAGUUCAGAAAGACAACUUCAAGCAGCUCCUGGGCAGUGUGUUUCGAAGCUUCGGGAGAAUCAUGUCAUCCAGUGAAGCAGCCUUACGUAAAGCACAGGUGAUGCUGCUGAAGCAGCUGAACAAGACGUUCCAGUCGCUGCUGAAGAUCAUCACCCGCAAGGAACUGGCGGGUCUUGUCCAGGACAUGUGCAGCAAGAUGUCCAAAGAUCUGCAGCCCUUGUUGCUGGAAGCCAAGGUGCAACUGUGCCGUGAGAUGGUCAACUCUGACCUCUUCCCAGAACAAGCGUCCAGGGAUAUUGUGUUGCCCAUGUGUAUGUCAGCCAUCAAGAAAUGCCUUAUCACCAAGCGGGUUCUUCCUCUGGCAUCUCAGACCUUGGGGGACAUCCUGGACCGGUUCAGAGAGAUCUCGGUGCAUGACGGAGACAGUCAGUAUGUCCUGAAGAUCCUGUUUGACCUGCUGAUGCAGACUCUGUUGACCAUGGACGAGGCGCAGCAAGAGGAAGCUGGGGGCAUAAUGAUCUGCUGCCUGAUGGAGCUACUGAGGAAGAUGGAGGAGCUCCACUACACCUCUCUCAUGAACACGUACCCCAAGGGGAGGCCACUCAAGGACUUCCUUAUCCGAGUGCUGCUGGUGUUCCGUGACCUCAUCAAGCGGGAUGUCUUUCCCGCCAACUGGACUGUUAUGAGGAUGGCCACCAAUCAUGUGAUCCUGACUGCCAUCCAGUACGUAGCCCAGUCUCUCACCGAAGACUUCCUCACUGGGAUAGACUUCGAUAACCAGUUGUGGAGCAACUACUUUGAUCUGGCGGUAUCCUUCGUGACACAGCCCAGUCUGCAGCUAGAGAAGAUCUCUGACGCCAAGAGAAACAAGGUCAAGGACAGGUACCAAGACAUGAGAGUUCUCAUUGGUUUACAGAUUCAGACCUUAUGGAAUGGAUUAGGAAAUCAAAAGAGACAUUUCAUUCCAUCCCUGGUUGGUCCAUUCCUAGAGGUUACCAUGGUACCAGAGACAGAUGUCAGGAAGGCAACCAUUCCAAUAUUCUUUGACAUGAUGUUGUGUGAACAGCAAGUAAAAGGAAACUUUACCUCACUGGAGAUCGAGAUAAUUAAGAAGAUUGACAUCCUGAUCACUGGGAACAAUGGGGACACUGAGUACAGGACUCUGUUCAACCAGAUACUCUUGGACAAGGUACAGACGGAGCCAGUUCUACGGGAAGAUGGCCGUCGCUUUGUUGUCUCGGUCACUAACCUCCUGGAGAAGCUUCUUGACUACAGACAAGUUAUUGAGGGGGAGGAACACCGAGACAAGAAGAUGCACUGCACUUUUAACAUUCUUAAUUUCUACAAGGACAACAUCAACCGCGAGGAGAUGUACAUCCGCUACAUCAACAAGUUGUUCAUUCUCCAUCACGACGCCAACAACUUUGUCGAGGCUGGACUCACCCUGCAACUGUAUGCACAGCUGUUGCGGUGGACCACGGACCAGUUGUCCGCCAACCUCGGGUACCCCUCGCAGAAGGAAUGGGAAAGGAAAGAAGAACUCACCCUCAAGGUCAUUGAGUGCUUCGACAAGGGCAAGGCCUGGGAGUAUGGGAUUCCACUCUGCAAGGAGCUGGCGGAGGUCUAUGAGAAGAAGCUGUUCAACUACAAGAAGCUGAGUCAAAUAUUGCAACGAGAGGCAGCGUUCUUCAACAAUAUCCUAGAGGGAUCCUCCUUGAGACAGAACCCUUCCUACUACAGAGUGGCUUACUACGGCAUGAGCUUCCCACCAUUUGUCAGAAACAAGGAGUUUGUCUACCGUGGAGACGAGUGUCUAAAGCUAGCCACCAUCAUGAGUCACCUGACCACGGAGUUCCCAUCAGCCUCUAUUCUCACCAGCAAGGCCCCUCCAGACGACAAAGUCCGGGAAGGGGAGCAGCAAUGCAUCCAGAUCAGCAGCGUGAAACCUGUGCCUUCUGAGAGGUCAGAGUUUCAAGGUCACACAGUUCCCAUGGAGAUCAGCAACUUCUACAGCGUCAACGAGGUGGAUAUGUUUCAGUUUGACCUACCCUACCACCGAGGAGAAAGGAAUAAGGACAAUGAAUUUAAGACACUGUGCCUUGAGAGAAAGGUGUUGAAGACCAGCUACAAGUUGCCAGGGAUACUGAGAUGGUACGAGGUGGUACAGACAGAGGUGAUACAUCUGCCUCCCAUUCUGGUAGCGGUUGAGAACAUGAGGACGGUCAACACGGAGAUAGACUACCUGACCGGCCGGUGUAAGUCCAACACAGACAUGUUCUUCCAGCAGUUGAUGAUGAGACUACAAGGGGUGAUCAACAGCGUGGUCAACGGCGGCCUGCCCAAGUACCAGGAGGCCUUCUUCUGUGAUGAGUUUGCAUCGAAGCACCCUGAUGAAGUGUGCCACCUGACGGAGCUGAAGUUGCUGUUGGUGGAGCAGGUGGACCUGAUGGAGCGAGGUCUGCAGAAGACCGAGUCCAUGUGCACUGAGGAGAUGAAGCCCCUGCAGAAGACUCUGGUGGAGAUGUUCUCCAAACUUAAGCAGGACAUCACCGAGUCUGGGUCUCCGAGAGCGGGAAGGUUACGGGGUGGAUCUCUGGGAGCAGUGCCUCGCCCCGGCACCCCCGGGAGCGGAUCCCUCAACUCAAGCAGCAGCAACAGGUCCUCCAUCACUUCAGCAGAGGCCAUUUCCCAGGACGGAGACAACAUCUACAUGGACCCACCUGAGGUAGAUCCACUGCUGCCUCUAACAAAUCGACUGCAGCAGUCACGAGGUGUUACCGGUAGUGACCCAGUGCUCAACCAGUCUCCCAGUAGUCAGAGAGCUCUGACCACCUCAGUGUCCAGCUCCAACCUUGGGUCAGGCUCAAGGACAUCCGAUACACCGACCAUGCAGCGAAUGGUGUCGAGCCCAGAUGCAUCAAACACUGACCCCUCCACGCCCCCACCCCUGCCCCAGAGGAGGACCUCUAAUGCUGCAGAAAUUGGAACUGGAAUCCUGAACACAAGACCACCUCCCCCGCCACCCAGGCAGUCCACACAUGAUUUGCGGUUCCUGUCAUACAAUGUCCCCUCCCCAACAUCGGGCAAUGUACCCCCAGUACCUGAAGAGAAACCAGCCGUACCCAGCAGAGCAAGGAAUCUUAGUGCUGUCAAUGGAUCAUUUGAUCAAGGCUUAACUGCUGUGAAAGAACAAGCCAGUGGGGAAGACAAGAUCCCCCCUCUGCCUCCACGUGUGCCCCCACGGCCCUCCAUCCCGCCCCUCCCAGAGGUAGGCACAUCAUCUCAAGCGUCACCUAAAGAAAGUGCUACUCCACCCCCACCUGUUCCUAAACGAACAAGCAUGUACAGAGGGGUAUCCUCUGGUAGUGUUGAAGACACCCACAUGUAGGAAAAGACUGAACGGUAUGUUCAGGAGGAUGUCCUCCUGUGUUUGAAGACAACCAUUGUAGGACGAGAUUGAACUGUUUGUCAAGGACGUCCUCCAGUGAUGAAGAAACCCAGAUGUGGAAGAAGAUUGAACUCUUUGUCCAGGAGGACGUCCUUAGUGAUGAAGAAACCUACUCGCAGGAGGAAACUGACCACUUUGUCAAGGAGGACAUCCUCUUGUUAACAAUGUUAGAAAACUGAAAACGUUCAGAAAGAUGUCUUCUUGUGUUGAUGACACCCACUUGUUGAAGACUGAAUAAUUUGUCAAAGAGGAUGUCCUCUUGUUGUGUUGAAGACACCAUGAUAGGGAUCAGUACCAACAUACUUCUACAGACAGACAUCACUUUGUACAUAGAGACUGACACAGUGUGUAGAGGAAGACAUAGCUACCAUGGAGGACACCAUGGAAACACUGGGACCAAGAUGAGGAUCUGUUCUGGACACAAGAUGGCAGAGAAGCUGAUCAUCAGAUUGUGGAUCUUCCUCUAUUUAUAUACCCAGCUGUGGGAUGUACACCAGCAGUGCUGGAAGGCCUUCUCUUAUUUAAGUCAUUAAGACAAAGAACCUUGACAGAAAGUUUUUCUCGUGGUGCAGCUAAGACAUAUGCUUUUGUUUGGACAAGGAAGAAAACAAAACACGUAGGGCUUCACAAAGGUCACAGUUUAAUAUUUAGCUCUAUUAAGACAUUUAGGAGAAGUAGAAGCUGAAAUUAUGAUUUGUCUUGAAAUGUAUAUUUUCUUUUGAAAAUUGUAUGAGGCAUUAUGAGAACUUGAGAAAUUAUGAUUUGUCUUGAGUUAUGAAUUUUCUUGUUAAAACACUUUUUUUCAUUUGUCAUGCCAAAUAUGGAUUCUAUGUAUUGCCUAUGUAACAGACCUAGGGUCGUAGUGUUAGUGUUGAUCUCAAGGCAAACCUUUACACAUGUAUGUAUCUCCAUGGCUUUCAAAUAACCUAGAAUGUAAAUUCAAUCACUUACUCAAUCAUCUUAAUUGGUAAGGGGAACAAAUGAACCAAAGACAAAUUUAUAAUGUGUUCCAUUUCCGUCAGUAACGUUUGUGAUUGUCCUGGAUAAUACACAACUACAUUUACUUCAUGAAGUGUAGAAACAUUUCAUUAUUGAAGUUUGGGUGUGGAAGUUUACAUCACUGAGUUUAUCUGGUCUGCAUGCUUGUUACAGUGAAACCUUGUCUGUAAUACCCGGGUAAAUCUAGAAUCCCCUGGAAUUUCUGGGUUGCAGUAGGUCCCUGGGACCCUGUACUAGUCGUGCUGGGAUUUUUUAUCUGAGUAGGUCAACAGCAGCAUAUGCUUGUCGCUCCAUUAGGAUGGGUCCACAGCCUUCAUGUCGGUUGUAAGAAACUACUUAAUGCAUCACAAGGCCAGGCUUGGUGACAUGUCAGAUUGAGCAUUAUAUCAUGAUGACAUCAUGACUUGUAGCUCAUUAUAUCAAUCACUGGAUUGUCUGGCCUGAAUUUGAUGAUUACAGACUACCGUCACUAAGUCAGAAUAGUGCUGAGUGUAGCGUUGACAAACAAAUGAUACAUGACGGUAACUGAUAGAAAUUCUAUUUGUAAAAAGGGAAGUAACUCUGUUCCCAUGAUUCAGAAAUAUGUUGAUCAGAAUGUAAUUGGAAAUGCUACUACCCUGAUUACUGGUUUCACAGUAUUUUAGAAAGUGAUGCUCAGACUGGCCAUAAUGUUUGGUGACAUAAUAUCCCUUUCUUAGACUCGCUUUGCUCCAUCAUGGUGGAACCUGUGGAAGGAUGUACAUAGAUGAAAUGUGUAUAUAACAGAGAUAAUAUUAUUGUACAUUCCUGUUCCGUUUCAUAUUGAAUGCUAAUCAUGACGUCGUUUUCUGGAAAUUUUAUACUGGUUACCCAGGACUUAGUUUUAUUUAAUAUUUGAAUGUGAAUUUAAUUAAUAUUUGAAUGUGAAUUUAAUUAAUAUUUGAAUGUGAAUUUAAUUAAUAUGGGUACAUAACAUUUUAUCAAUAUUAUAGCACCUCCCACAGUACCAUUGCUAUAGUGUUGAGAACUGUGAAAUAGUCAGACCAUGUGUCUCCAAGUAUAUCUUGC